AGCCAUUUUGGCUCAAGUCGUUUUGACUGGGGGCGCGGCUGAGACAUCAGCAGCAAGGCGCAGCCGCUUCUCCUGCAAUUUUGCCCGGGAUGGGGUGUCUGAAGUGCCUCGCGAUCGCAGUCCCUGUGCUGGCGGUCCUGGCUCCCCUGACGCUGAGCCUGAUCUGCAACGGAUGGAUCAAUGAUUAUGUGCCGCCGCCAGGCUGGAGCAUCGAUCAGAUGCCGGACAUGUCAGGUAAGGUGGCCGUCGUCACGGGGCCAACGAUCAACGGAAUCGGAUAUGAGUCUUGCGUGGAGAUGGCCAAGAAGGGUGCGCAUGUCGUUUUGGCAGGUCGCAGCAAAGCCAAAGGUGAAGCAGCACUCGCCGCAUUGAAAGAACGGGUGCCAGCAGCAAAAGCAGAGUUUAUGACGCUUGACCUUGGGAGUCUAAAGAGUGUGAAGGAAUUUGCGGAUGCCUACUUACAGAAGGAUCUGCCAUUGCACAUCCUCAUGAAUAAUGCUGGUGUGAUGGCCAACCCUUUCACCCUGACCGCUGAUGGGAUCGAGAGUCAGUUUGGAACAAAUCAUAUCGGACAUUUCUUGCUUACCAAGCUGCUCUUGCCGAAGUUGGAGGCGUCCGCGCCGUCACGCAUAGUGAGCGUCUCCUCAGCAGCGGCUUUCAUUCCGGAAGGAUUCUUUCAAAUCCCUCAUUUUGGCACAGGUGCCGUGAAUUGGACAGAUAUAUAUGCGGACCACGAGAGUCGAUACGAUCCAUGGGCGGCGUACGGACGUUCGAAACUUGCCAACGUGUUAUUCGCGUCGGCCUUAGAUAAGCGACUUGCCGGCAAGAAAGUGUUUUCGAAUUCAUGCCAUCCUGGCGGCAUUAAAACUAAUUUAGGACGACACCUCCAGGCCGGCAUGCGAAAAUCAGCUGGCGAGCAAAUGGUGGAAUCAUUCGAGGCGUUCCAGAACUACGUUAUGAUGACCCCAAGUCAAGGUGCCGUCACGCAGCUAUACUUGUCUGCCUCUCCUGACAUCGAAUCGAAAGAUAUUCGCGGAAAGUACUACUAUCCACAGGCACGACUUGUGGAUCCUCCGACGUUUGCCACCGAAGCUUCAGAGGAGGAGCUCUGGGCGAUCUCUGAGAAGCUGGUCGCGCCAUACUUAUGAGUGCGGUUGUGCACGGGGCCCCCGCGUGCAGCGAGCCCCAUCGUUGAGAGUAGGUGUUCUUUUUGUGACCCCCAUAUCCCAACCUACUGUAGCCGCCUUCCCACAAUCAUAUAUAUAUAUAUAUAUAUAUAGAUGUAUUCGGCGCGCUCCUACGUCAUGGUUCUACCCACUUCGGCCGACCGACGGGUAGUAGUCCAUCGAUGCACAGUCGACGCGCUGCGCAGAUCAA